CCCUGCUUAUGGUGUGAAAGUCACACAGGCAUGCGGUUGUCAAAGGACAGCAGACCUAGCGCUGCCUUGCGGAGUUUGACCUCUCUCACCACGAAUUACCAGAGAUUCAUGGCAGAGGGAAAGGGGAACAUAAAGAAGGCCAAGGACUUCAAGAACGUCAUUGCUAUCCCCAUGUUUAACAUCCCCUUGGACCAGGUGAGUUUGAUCUAAGCUAUGCACAACAACAUAAAAUAAUCUACUAAUUAUACUGUUUAGAACUUUGGAAAUGAUAUUUAAUCUUCACAUUUUUCUUCACACAGGUGUGCGUCCCGGGGCUCUACAUCAGUCUGGGGUUGUACCAGAAGAUGUUCAAGAUGCUGGAGAGUGAUCUCCAGGACUUGGACAUGCUUCUGGCUACAACCCUGGCCAGUGGUUUCCUGGAGGAUCCCGAAAUAGAUAGGGCUCAGGUCCUGCAUGACUUCCGUCUGCAUGGACUUGCGCCCUAUGUGGAGGCUGUGGAUGCUGCACGUGAAGUAGAAGACAAGGCAGCCUGUCUACAAGAGCAGUUGGAGGAAAGGGAGAAUGAGCUGGCCUGGGUCGCCUACAUGUCUGUGGAGAGUGACGAGUCUGAUGACAGUGAUGAUGAAGAUGGAGAUGACCCAACCAAAGAGAGCUUCCAACAGCUUCAAGAAGAAAUUAAGUCACUCCAAGAGAGCAAGAUGAAAUUGGAAAAAAAAGCUGCUAAAAUCAGGAAGGAUGCAAAGAUCAGUGUCCAAGACGGUCCACUGUCCAAGCAGCUAGAUGGUGUCCUGAAGAGUUUCCAUGUCAAGCGACAGGCCUAUCAUGGUCAAGCUUUUGUCGGAAACCAUGUGCAUACCAUGCUCCAGGACACAGCUAUCGAAUCACUCACCUCCAUUCCUGCUAAUGUUGCUGCCGACCUCGUCGACGACUACGAAGGAUUCCCCCUCAGCAUUGUCACGAGGUCUAAGGCCCUUUUUUUUUGCAUCUGCAGAUACUGACAUCAAGAACUUCAUGGAGUUCUAUAGACGUGCGUUCCCCUCUGCAACCAUCCCCAUAAAGAUGCACCUCCUAGAAGAUCACGUAGUGCCUUGGAUACGCAGAUGGAAGUUUG